GAGUAACAAACUAGGGCAGCUAUUUAGUGGAGGAGGUUGCUGCUGCUGUUCUAGAGAGUGAAGACGGUCUGGGGGGGUAGGGAGGAUCACAGCUCAACCUCCCUAAAGGGAGGGGAGGUGGGCAUACCAUCUGCCCAGAGAUCUCUAGCUUUCAUCUCCCUGUAAGCUAAUAUAGAUUGGGGAAUGGAGGUACCUCUUCUGGGUGCCAGUGAGGAAAGGAGAGCUCAUUCUAAAAUAGCCCAAUGUUAUUGAGAUUGGGGUGCCAUGGAUCUGAAUAGAGAGAACCCCAAACCACAGAAUGUUACCAUUGGAAAGCAUGUUACUCUCAGUGGUUAGCUCAGAUAUUGGCAAACAGUUGGUGUCGAGUAAACAUUAUUGGCUGAUCGACCUAUUCAAUCCAAUAAACACUUAUCAAGAAGCUAGAUAGAAGUGAACAUGGAGGUCCUGAAGGAGAAAGUAGAAGAGGAGGAGGCAGCGGAACGCGAAGCGGAGGCUGAGCAGGCAGCCAGGAAGGCAGCAGAGAAAGAAAAAGAAGAUAGUAUCCUCAGCCAGGAAGAACUCUUAGAUCUGGAGCAGAAGCUGAGCGAGAUCGAAGUUCACAUCCCUGAAAUUCCAGUGGCCUUCACCAAGAGUACCAUAGACACAUCCACACUGCCUGAAUCCUACAGAACCAACACUCCCAAGGAGGAACUGCUCAUACAGGUGGCAGAUAAUUUCUCCCGUCAGUAUGCCCACUUGUGUCCAGAUCGAGAGCCGCUCUUUCUCCACCCGCUGAAUGAGUGCAAUAUACCGAAAUUUGUGAGCACCACGGUCCGCCCAACACUGAUGCCCUAUCCAGAGCUCUACAACUGGGACAGUUGUGCCGAAUUUGUCUCAGAUUUCCUCACUAUGGUGCCCCUGCCAUCUGCCAUCCAGCUGCCAGAAUAUUUGUUCUCCCCUACCUCUGUCCUCAAGUACCAGAAGGGGAAUUGCUUUGACUUCAGCGUCCUGCUGUGCGCCAUGCUCAUUGGUGCUGGCUACGAUGCCUAUUGCGUCAGUGGCUACGCCAGCCAGGAAAUGUGCCUCAUGGACCUGACUCGGGAGAUGUGCCCUCUGCUGAAGAAACCCAAGAAGGUAGUUGAAGAAAAAGAGAAGGUAAUACCCAAAAAGUAUGCAAUCAAACCUGCAAGGGACCUCCGCAGCAAGUUUGAGCUGGCCCAGCAAGCCAAGAAGGAAAAAGAAAUUAAGGAUGCAGAGGAGAAGAAACAGAAAGAAGAAAGAGAAAAAAUCUUGGAAGCAAGUAAACCACCUCCAGACCCGAUGCAUGGUCUUCGGAUUCAUGCAUGGGUUCUUAUCCUGAGUGGAAAGCGUGAAGUCCCUGAGAGCUUCUUCAUUGACCCAUUUACUGCCCGCAGCUAUAGAACCCAAGAUGAACAUUUCCUUGGGAUUGAAAGCAUCUGGAACCACAAGAACUACUGGGUCAACAUGCAAGAUUGCUGGAAUGGUUGUAAGGAUCUCACCUUUGACCUAGGAGAUCCUCUGAGGUGGGAAUUCUUGCUUUUGGGGACUGAAAAGCCUUAUCUUUCCCUGAUGGAAGAGGAAGAAGACCUUGCAGAGGAUGAUGAUAUUGAAAAUCUGGACAAAGAAGAUGAAAACAAGAACUUUGAUAUGCCCUGUUCUUGGGUGGAACCCAUUUAUAUAUCACCCAAAGAUUUUGAGACCCGCUCUCCUCAAGGGAAGAAGGUGAUCCAGUACAAGCAGUCCAAACUGGAGAAAUGGACUCCAUAUCUGAAUGCCAAUGGGCUGGUGUCUCGCCUCACCAUCUACGAGGAUGUGGAUUGUCUCAAGCCCAUUGAAGUGAGGGAAUGGUACAAGAACAGGGAAGACACGUUAGAGAUGAGACAAAUGGAUAAAGUCUCGAAUUGGACCACCGAAUACUUCAAGCCUGGGCAUUUCCUGGCCCUGAGAGUGCACACCUACAAGAGCAUGAUACCUGAAACAGAGCGUACGAUGGAAUUCUACCAUAAAGCCAGAGUGGAUGGCCUUGUGAAGAGAACCGAGACUCCCCGAUCAAUGACCGAAUACUAUGAGGGGAGGGCAGAUUUCCUUGUCUACCGACAUAUCGAUUAUGGUCCCCGGUCCAAGAAAUUUAGCCUCAGCACUGUGGAGACAAACCCUCGGCCCAUGUUGAAAAUCACAGAGCGAUUCAACCGAAACCCUGAAAAGAUGGCAGAUGAUGACGUGGAUGAGCGUAUAUUUGUGGUCUCAGAUGAGCGGAUUCAACUUCGGUACCACUGCAGGGAUGAUUACAUCACUGUCUCAACACGGGAAUUCUUAAAAAGGAAUGAAGUGGACAACAAAGGGAAUAAGAUCAUCAUGACUCCAGAAAUGUGUAUUUCCUAUGAGGUAGAACCUCGGGAACACACCAAGAAGCUGUUAUUCCAAUAUGAGAUGAUGAUGGACUUAAAGAAUGAAGAGAGGCUGUCUAAACACCAAGUCUGGGAAUCUGAAAUGGAGGUCCUAGAGAUUCUGAAGGUCCGAGAAGAAGAGGAAGAUACUCACAAUCUCACAGUCUCCAUCUAUGACACCAAGAGAAAUGAGAAGAGCAAAGAGCAACGUGAAGCCAUGGAACGGCAGGCCCAGGAGGAGCACAUGCGCCAAGUGGAGGCUGAGCUGGAUUACUUGGCACCCUUCCUGGUUCAGCUCCCUCCUGGCGAGAAGUUGACUCGAUGGCAGGCGUUACGCCUGAAAGAUGAAUGUCUCAAUGACUUCAAGCAGCGGCUCAUUGACAAGGCCAAUCUCAUCCAGUCCCGCUUUGAGAAGGAGACUCAGGAACUUCAGAAGAAGCAACAAUGGUAUCAAGAAAACCAGGUUACCAUGACAAUAGAGGAUGAAGAUGCUUACCUCACAUACUGCUCUCAAGCCAUGUUCCGGAUCCGUAUUCUGGAGCAGCGACUAAACAGACACAAGGAACUCGCCCCACAUAAGUAUCUGGCCCUGGAGGAAAAGUUGUACAGGGAUCCGCGCCUUAUCGAGUAUCUGAAAGUGUUUGUCUAA